AUGAAGGAUGCAUUAACUUCUUGGGUAUCUAAUUGUAAUGCAGUGUGGGCAUGGUCGAGAUUGCACAUUAUCUUAUGGAAAGACGGAGGGAGGUGGAGGCCGCCUGCUCCUGGGCCACCUCGGGCUGACGGGGAGCCUGCUGUGCCUGCUCACCCUGCUGACGGGACUGCCGCUGCCCUGCUACAUCACGGGCAGCCUCUUCGCGCUGCUGCACCCGCUGUCGCUGUACACCCUCUGCGGCCUCAACUGCGACCGCUACGCUGCUAUUGCGGCGCCGCUGCACUACGCGCGGCUGGUAAAGCCGCGGAAGGUUCUGGUGGGCCUUGGGCUGGCCUGGCUGGUGGCCCUGGGGCUGGCGCUGCCGCCGCUCUUCAUCAGCCAGUACUCCUACAGCCAAGGUCUCCUAGCCUGCAGCCCCGACCUCUCCGUGCGCGGCGGCCUCUGCUACUCCGCCAUCUACACCGCCCUCACCCUGCUCCUUCCGAUAGCUAUUUAGAAAAACCGGAAGUACAAAUAGGAGAUCUGUUAGUGGAUCUCAGCGCAUCAAGGAACCAAGGGAUGAAAGAAAUAUUGGUAUUACUACAAGAAGUAAGCCAUUUCAGAGUGCCCGACAAAGGUAGAAAGUGGAUUUCAACUCACGAUAGUAAGAGGAUUUCCACGAGCAGGCCAGGAGAAAGAGGAUCGAAAGGGGAGGAAGCUAAACAGCAGGGCAAGUUGCGCAACCAGCUGGAGACUAAGGUGCUGAUGAUAGCCCGUUACCAUAGACACAGGAUCGCCCGGGCCAUCUUCGAAGUCACCCUGUCAGCUCAGGUGACCAUCACCCACCAGAAGAACCCGUUCGUAGUGUCCAGCGGAUCAGGCCGGGGAAGGAGUCCGACGGCGACGGUGCUACAGCUAGUUGGGUCAGUCAUCAUUCUGUAUUCGCCCUACUACUGCAUCAUCCUCUGGCAGGGCUUAGGCAGGAAGCCUUCACCAGGGUUACUAGCAAUCGCAACUAGUCUACUUGCUUGUGCACCUACACUGAACGGCCUUUUGUAUGGCCUGAAGAACAAACUUCUAAGGCGAGCGUUUAGACAUUAUUGGAGAAAGAAAAUGACAAAAAAUGAACUUGAGCAAGAGAUUCAAGCCAGAACCCCAUCACGGAGACCUUCCCUCACUCCCCAAAAAGUUUGGAGGCCUGUAUCGACGAGUGCCCUUGGUACAAGCCCUGUUAGAGUGGGAAGCCUUCGACAUUCAGCGACAUCUACAUCAAUCCUGGCAGCUCGGGGUAAGCCUCGAAUCACCAUCACGUCUGAUGAUGGCCCAACCCCACCAGUGAGAAUAAAGAUUGGUGGUAGUUCAUCGUCUGUUUCUGCUGAUUCUGAUCUUACCCAGGAGGAAAGGGAGUGGCGCUGGUUGGCAGCUUCUUCCUCCAGCCUACCGGCAACCUCAGCAACGUGA